AUGGGCCCCCAGACCAUAUACCUGCCCGAUGGGCAGCGCUUCAACGUGACGCCCGUCUUUGCGGGCCUGUUCUUCAAGUCGACCGAGCUCAGCAGUCACCACAAUGCCUUCCCGAUCGGGUGGACAAUCGUGAUUCACACCGAAGACGGCGACGGCGAUGAGGCUGCGUCGAGCGCCGUUAGUCCUUCGCGGGGGGUUGCCGAAGACAUUCCCAGUCCAGAAAAGACAUCGCACCUCCGCACCUUCAAGAGACCAACGCUCCAAAACGACAGCCUCUUCAUCUCGUCCAUCUCGAAUCCCUCCAAUGCCGAAUUUAAGCCCGCCGCAAGUCCGACACGCCAGAUAGCCAUGAUGCUGUGGGUCACACUCUACUGGUACUUCCAUCAACCGCCGCCGUCCACCAUUCUCACGACCGAGGCCUCACAGUUGACACCCGAUGCCGGCAAACCGCGGGGCGAGUGGCGGGUACGCAUCAAGCGAGAUGGCAUGCUGCGUGGGCGAAACGUCAUACCGAAGCUGGAGCGCAUGGGGUUGAUUGCGUGUCUUAACUCGGCCGUGGGGACCGCGCUCGUAGACACCGACGAAGUUUGGGCAAACAUGUUCGUCACGCGGACCAUGUUCUGGCAGAUCCCGGGGCGCUUGUUCCUUUUCACGCUUCAACCCGUCGGCAGUAGAAACCCCCGAUCCUCAUACCCGGGGUCACCAAUCUCGAGCCGGCCGGGCUCGCCACUACCAGGGGAGUCUUCCACAGCAAUUCACCCACAGCUCGCCAUCGCCGAAGCGGGCGACUUGCCCGGCGCCGCGCCGCCUACCUCCCUGACAAGCAUGCCCUCAUUCCCUAUCAGCCCCUUCUUCAGCGCGUCUCACCUCCCAACGUACUAUCCACCCCCGCCGAUGCAAUACACCAUCACCAACCAUGUGCGCCACCCGCUCCGCCCGAAACCGCCGCGCAUGGGCGAGGUCUUUUACACGCGCUUCGUCCCCUCCGCCGGGCAGUACCUCUCUCUUCGUGUCGCUUCGAUCUCGACCAAGCCGGUACCGUACAUGGGGCCCGUUGGGCCCAACCCGCCCAUACCAACGCCACAACAGCAGUCCCGACUCCUGUCCAUGCCCGACUCGGCCCUGCUCGAGUCGUGGCACGCCAACCCGCGCGUGUCCCGGUUCUGGGGCGAGUACGCCGCCGGCUUCCUGGUCGCCGCCCUGCAGAGCCGCCACAGCUUCCCCGUCAUCGGCCUGUGGGACGGCGUGCCCUUUGGUUAUUUCGAGCUAUACUGGGUGAAGGAAGACCUCCUCGGCCGAUAUGCUGGGUCGUCCGCCGUCGAUGACUGGGACCGCGGGUGUCAUGUACUAAUCGGCGAGGAGUGGGCGAGGGGCCGCGUGCAGAGCUGGCUGUCGAGUCUGGUGCAUUGGAUGUUUUGUGCGGAUUACCGAACCAUGAGUAUUUGCCUCGAGCCGAGGGUUGAUAACACGAGACACAUGGAAACCAGGUGCGAGCCCCGUGAUCGACGGCCUUGA